UCUGGGCUGAAAAGGACCCGACAAACUGGGAGGAGAUUUGACACCACACCGGACAAAUAAUUACGUGCAGCAGAUGACUACGUAAAUAUCGUUCAAUUCGAGUUUGGCUUUCAAUUUAGUUCGAUCAACGUUUGCUCACCGCCUACUGAUGAGACUUCAUAGACUUUCAUUCGUCGUGUUUGUGGUCCCAGCUUUUUAAAUUUAAUUUCGCGAACUGCAAAACAAGUGCAUAACGCUUGGGCGUUCGAGGGACCAAGUUCAAAAAGGAUAGAGUUCAAGGCACCAAUGGUCACCGCGUGGACCAGAAUAAAAGGAACGAGGGCGAGAUUGUUAUCUUUUUGGACCGAAGACAGAGGGCACCGCAAAAGUUUCUCUCCUUGGUUUUGGUGUUGACGACAAGGACACGCCAACCGCAGGUCCAGGUUGGUGAUAUGCAUCAUAAGUGGACAUCCAUGGAUAAAGUCGUGUUCGGUUCCCGCGCUAUGCUACACACCUGUCAGGAAUCAUGUUAAUUUGUGAGUUGUUCUUCCUCAAUAAACAUCCUUCCCUUCUAUUCAGUUGAAGCUAAACCGACUGCCAUAUUGAUCGCUACUGUCCGAUCCAUCUCAAAGUUGCAGUCUGGGACCAACCGAGACUGGCAAUAUAUUGGGGUUAUUCCGUAUCCACAUUUCAUUUUCAUUUGUAUUUUUUCCCCGGCAAGUAGUUGGUUCCGUUGUCGACGGACACGGGAUAGGGAGUUGGAAAUCCCAAGUCCAUGUCACUGGGAAGAGAAUAGAACACGCCUAGAAUUCUAUGGCAAGUGUCGCAACCGAGAAUAGAGGUCUCGAUGACGUGUUGUUGCACCUGACAAUGCGGGUUAAAGGCUCAAUCACUAUCAUCAAUCCUUGUCCCAACCCCGGUCCCACCUGAAGUAGAAUUUCUACCGACGGGAAGGCUUUCGUUGUGGGACGAAUAAUGGAAUUUAUCUGAAUUUUGAGAGGGGCCUGAGAGUCCUAGUCAGAUUUCUGAUUCGAAACCACCAACCCAAAGGCAAUGCUCAAGAGUGUGCAGCCGUUUUGAAAAGGAACAGCCUCCGGCCGUCAUACCACAACCAUGUGACUUUGGAUUCACCAAUCGUCAGCUCUGGUAAUUUGGACUUUCGAAAGACAUUUCUGCAGUCCAGUGGUAUGAAAACCCAACUAGUUAAGGCCAGUUUAACAUGGCUCUCUCCAUCCAGUUCGCCAUUAGUUUCUCCCCGUUUAACCAUGCAUAUCGCUUUGGCCCGGUUGUAGGAGCGUUAUUAGCCAUUUUCGCCUUAAUUUUAUGGAGCCCCAAGACCACGAAUUCGACUAAGAGCAAAGCGAACAUUGCUGGCGAUGAGGGAAUCGCACGGGAAAUAGGCGGAGAAGAGGAGCCUUGCGGAUGGUCAGUAGAUGUGACGGGCAGUCAGUCGCGACUGGAUUUCUCCGACGCUCAACAUCCCUAAGAUUUUCUUUUCCAAGAUUGAUGCAAGACAGGGGUACGCACUGCGGAACAAAAAAACUGUACAAUAUAAAAGUCCGGUUGAUCUGAACCGAAUGCGACGCUAUCCUGAACAAAUCUAAGCUCAAUCCGUUUCCGCAUCUAACAGUAACUUCAGUGACGCGAAGGCAUCAGUGCAAAACGAAAGGGGUAUUGUACUUCAUCAAUUUUUGACCGCACUCCAACCUCAACCAGAAUAUUAGUCGGUACCAUUCGUGCAUCAGAAAAUACCAUUCCAGAGUCAAUUUUCUCUCCUUCCUCCAGUCCUGGAUACUCGCAAUAUAUCGGGAAUAUAUUCCGAAAUAAGGCUAAGAUCAUGAACCCGGAAUCUGGAACCACGGAAUUAGACGAAUGUUUCCUUGAACUAAUCACAUAUCAAGGGAGAGAGUUUCAAAAUUACUCUGUGGAAAAUGCCAUUUAUUUUGGGCCUAUCGACGAUGAUGAAAUUGAACGACUGGAGCUACAACAUCGCGUUCUCAGCACAGUUUUCGACGAGCGAUUGAUAUUUCCUCCAGUGGACUCGCCAAAACGAGUUCUUGAUUGCGGUUAUGGGACCGGAAGUUGGGCUGUCGAAGUUGCGGAAAAAUAUCCAUCUUGUGAAGUUAUCGGGGUAGAUAUAUCUCCGCACAUGAGGCCGGAUGAAACGCCUGAGAACCUAUGGCUGCAGGUUGAUGACUUAAAUCGACCGUUCACAUUUAAACCAAACUAUUUCGACGUUGUUCACUCCAGGCUUGUCGCUUCCGGAUUGCAUAGACAGAGAUGGCCGAGCUAUAUUAGGGAUAUAAAAAAAACGCUGAGACGUGGCGGUUGGGUACAAAUGGUCGAAAUAUACUUCAAUGUACAAUCAGAUAACGGUACUAUUACCCAUGAUCACGCCUUGAGGCAGUGGAGUUCGAAAUAUUUUCAAAGCAUCGAGGACGUGAAAGACCCUAGAGUUGCAAUGAAUUUGAAAGGCCUUCUGGAAUCUGCCGGGUUCGCCAAUAUCCAAACGACAUUGAUUAAUGUCCCUUUGGCUCCUUGGCCAAAUGACGCCCGUUUGCGUGGGAUAGGAAGCAUGAAUAGGCCAAAUGUCUAUAGCCUUCUCGGUUCGUUGGCAUUAUAUCCACUUAUGAAGCGAAUGAACAUGUCUCGAGAAGAAUUUGAGGUACUUGUCGCCCAAGCUCGCACCGAGGUAGAUAACCUAUCUCUUAAGGCAUAUUUCCCGCUAUAUGUUGCCAUUGGCCAAAAGCCGUGAUCAGUUAGUACAGCCGCCGGCUACAUUGCAUACUGUGAGUAAUACAAAUCGAACUGCAUGGGGAAAAUGUGUUGAAGGAUCGCAAGCCGUGGCAAUCGGAAGGGUAUUGUUUGCUUUUAGUAUGCCAUUUUUCUGUCUCCUAGCUAGGAUACUAGGGGUUACCACGAAUCAAAUAUUCAUUCAAGUCCAUCUCUGCUACCCAUGGAUGUAAUUUCAGUUUCAUCAGCCUGUUAAUGUCACGAAGCCUUAGCAUUGUUUCAAAUACAUAGAAAGAGAAGGGGAUGGAUAUACCCAGGCAAUUCCGUUUGUUAUUAAAUGGCCCCAAGCCAUUUUGUCCCAGUUAAUAAUGCUGUCUUUCACACCAAAUUACACGUUUCCAGCUACCGAUAACUCCAACACUGGCAGGGUUCCUUUCUGGAAGGGAUCGAAUAUUCAUCUCAUAACACGCAUCCGCGCCACCGGCCGUUCAACCGCUGAUAUAUCAUGUAAUGGAGACUUCGGGACAACUGUUUUACCAGAAGAGAAGAAUUUCCGGAAUUCGGCAGGAAAGCUGUCGCCUGAAUGGUGUCCGAAGGCAUUUGUUCUGUGUGCCUUAUUCAAUUAACUGUACGACACAUCAACCUCAACCACGAAAGACGAAUACACGCGCCAUCUAUUUGCACCAUAUGCAGAUGGGGA